ACUUGAAACAACGAUGUCAUAAUGGUGCAUAUUUUUGGGACACCGGCAACACUGGCUUUCUUAGUACCAAUGUAAAUCUUGAUAUGCUGCUCAAGAAAGUGCAGAAGAUCCUAGUGCCAAUGAAGGAUGUCGAAAACAAUCAUUGGAUACUAGCCGUUAUACACUGCCAGAAAGGUUGUGCAAGCGUGUGGGACUCAGUGUCUGGUCGAUAUAGGACACGGGUCAGGACACAUAUACUAAGCGAACUGUUAAAGAAGCUUGACAUGUUGCUUCAUACGACCAUGGGUAGUGCUCGUGUUGGUGGUCCUGUUUUUUCCCUUUUUAGUGUAGUGCCCUCUGGUCAAGUACCUCAGCAAGAUAAUGGUCAUGACUGUGGUGUUUUUGUCAUGAAGUUUAUGGAGUGGAUUGUGGAUGGGGAAUCACCCCCGAAGUCCUAUAAAGUUGAGGAUGCUGCUAGACUCGACAUUGCAAUCGAUAUCUUGACCUGUGAGUCCAAUAGGCUUCGAUUGGGAGUGAAAGAUAACGCAGCGACUUAUUAUAAAGCUUGUUUAAGUAGCGUUGAGAAAUCCCCUAACUUAAAAGAACGGUCUUGUUAUUCUCCAAAAGCUUCGGCUGUACCUCCCAUGCUAUCAACGAAAAAGGCUAGAGACAAACACUGGUCCAAGUUGGGUAAGAGAAAGAGGAAGAACUGAUUGA